UUCCCGACCCAGCUAAGGGGUGAUGCCACCCUGAGGUCUGCCCAGCCUCCGACUGGCCCUGAACCCCUCUCCCGUUAAGGAGGGGAUGCUGCGGGCAAGGCGGGGCCGCGCACCGUGGGAGGAGCGCGCAGCCUGGUUAGGGGGAGGCCCGCGCCCCCCGCGCUCCGCAGUGCCUGGCGCGCCCGCGCACGCUCACUCGGGGCGCCCUGCGGGCGGGGCGGCGCUGACGUCAUCCACUGACCCCCACCCUUACCCCCUGGCCGAGGGGCGGUGGCUGCUCAGGCUCCGCGGGACGGACUCAGAGACGGACCGGCGACGGAGGGACGGGCGCACGGCCAGGCCAUGCCCGGGGAGGCUGCCCGCACCGAGCUGCUGCUGCCUGAGGCGGGCGGGCCCGGGCCCCGCACAGAUCCGUCCUGUGAUGCGGCUGCAGCCACCACCCCGAGAGGGAACCAGCUGGAGCACUGUACCCUGACCCCCGGGCCCAGCGCCCUGGCCCUCACAUUCCUGCCCAGCAAGCCGGGUGCCCGGCCCCCACCAGAGGGAGCCAGCUGGGAUGCAGGGCCUGGCACUCCUUCGGCCUGGGCAGUCCCCGCGGAAGGUGGCGGCCCCAGCCCCAGGCCCCCCGAGGUUCGGCCUGCCGAGGGUCCUCUCCUAGCCACCCUGGAGCCCCGGAUUGUGAUGGGCGAGGAGACACGCUGGGCGCCCCAGCCUCCCAGGGCUGCCUUGCCAGAGCUCAGGGACCGGGAGAGUGGGCACACCAGCCUGAACCCACCCCCGGAGUUGUGUUCUCAGGGUGACCCUCCUGUGCCUUUCCCUGCUCUGGACCCUGAUUCCUACUUCACGCCUCCCUCUACCCCCACCGAGACCGCCUCUGCCCUGCUCUCCGGCCCCGGGCCCUGCAGGGACGCCCAGGACACCCAGCCUGAGCCAGGGGACUCACCACCUGCCUCGCCCUCAGGCUCCUACAUCACAGCGGAUGGGGACAGCUGGGCCUCGUCCCCAUCCUGCUCCCUGAGCCUGCUGUCCCCAGCUGAAGGGCUGGACGUUCCCUCCGGCUGGGGCUUCUCCCCACUGGGGUCCGUAGUGGACGAGCAGGAGCUGCCCCCUCCCGGGCCCCCAGGCUCCCUGUCCUCAGAGUCCAGCCUCUCGGCAGACAGCAGCUCUUCCUGGGGCCAGGAGGGCCACUUCUUCGAGCUGGACUUCCUGGCCAAUGACCCGAUGAUCCCUGCCGCCCUCCUGCCCUUCCAGGGCAGCCUAAUCUUCGAGGUGGAGGCAGUGGAGGUGAUGCCGCUGCCCCCCGAGAAAGAGGAGGAGGAACAGGAGGAGGAACAGGAGGGAGAGCAGGAGGAGGAGGCCCCCGCCCCCGAAGGGGACCUGGCCGGGGAUGGGGAGGACGACAGCACCUUUGCCUCCUCCCUGCAGUCGCUGUCUGACCUGUCCAUCACCGAGGGCAUGGACGAGGCCUUCGCCUUCCGGGACGACACCUCGGCAGCCUCCUCUGAGCCCGACUCGGCCUCCUACGCGGGGGCCGAUGACGAGAAGCUGUACAGCGGAGAGCCCCACGCCCAGCCCACCACCCUGCUCCAGGACAGCCCUGGUGAGCCCCCGUCCUGGGGCCCGGAGCCCGCUCCUGGGGUCUCAGAGGGAGAGGCCAGCCACGCCACCGAGAGCCAGGAACCGGUGGCUGAAAUAACUGGGGUGGACCCCGCCUCAGGCCAGGCGUCCACUGCAGCCAUGGCCCCUCAGUCUCUGAAGGAAGUCCCAGGUCUCACCGGGCUGACCCCUCAGGCCCUGGGGGAAGAGGCAGACUCCACUGUGGGACCAGUGCCUGUUGCCACAGCCACACCUCAGCCCCUGCAGGAGGGAGACAGCGCUGCCUUAGGCCUGGAGCCUGGGAUUGCGCAGGAAGAGGCGGGUUUCACGCCAAGCCCAGACUCUCUGCAGGAUCUGAAGGAGGAAGCGGGCCAGGGACCUGCCUCUGCGGCCAGUCCUGAACCUCAGCCUGGAGAAGUGGACCUGGCCACACCCCUGCUCCUGCAGGAUGCAUGCCUCUCCUCAGGCCAGGGGUCUGCCGCUGUGGCCAGCCAUCAGGCCCUGCUGACAGAUGCAGGCUGCCCCCCAGGGACUGAGCCUGUGGCCACCUCGGCCUUGCAGGAAGGAGACAAGACUUUGGGACUGCAGCCAGUGCCUGAAGAUAGGAACACAGGCCACACUGGAGGUCCAGAGCCUCUGGCCUUGGACCAGGCCCAUCAGGGUGGCCCAGAGCCAGCUGCAGAUGAUGAGACACUCUGGGCCUCACAGGAAGAUGCGAGCCCCCCCAAGCCUGCCACAGAGGCCCCAGACCCCACUGAGCCUGCCACGGAAGCUCCGGACCGCCGCAAGCCUGACACGGAGACCCUGGAUGCCCCCGAGCCUGCCACGAAGGGCCUGGACAGCCCCGCGUCUGCCACGGAGGCCCUGGACGCCCCCGCGUCUGCCACGGAGGGCCUGGACGCCCCCGAGCCAGACAUGGGGGCCCUGGACACCCCAGAGCAUGCCAUGGAGGGCCUAGACAGCCCCGAGGCUGACAUGGAGGCCCUAGACAGCCCCGAGCCAGACAUGGAGGCCCUAGACAGCCCCGAGCUGGACAUGGAAGCCCUGGACAACCGCAAGACUGACACGGAAGCCCUGGACCCCCUUGAGCUUGCCUCAGAGGGCCCAGACACCUCCGAGUCUGAGACGGAGGCCCUGGACACCCUUGAGCCUGACACGGAGGACCUGGACACUCCUGAGCCUGCCAAAGAGGGCCCGAACACCCCCGAGGCUGACAGGGAGGCACUGGACACCCCUGAGCCUGACACAGAGGCCAUGGACACACCCAAUCCUGACACAGAGAGCCUGGACAACCCCGAGGCUGAUACAGAGGCCCUAGACACCCUUGAGCCUGACACAGAGAACCUGGACACCCCUGAGCCUGACACAGAGGGCCCGGACAUCCCCAAGCCUGACACCGAGGCCCUGGACACCCCCGAGGCUGACACUGAGGCCCUGGACACCCCUGAACCUGCCACAGAGAGCCUGGACACUCUUGAUGCUGACACAGAGGCCCUGGACACCUCUGAGCUGGACGCGGAGGCCGUGGACACCCUUGAGCCUGCCAUGGAGGGCCCAGACAUCCCUGAGCCUGACACAGAGGCCCUGGACACCCCCAAGCCUGCCACCAAGGGCCCAGACAUACCCGAGCCUCACACGGAGGCCUUAGACGCCCCCCAGCCUGCCAUGGAGGGCCCAGACACUCCUGAGACUGACACAGAGGCCCUGGACACCCCUGAGCCUGCCAAAGAGGGCCUGGACACCCCCGAGCGUGCCACGGGGGCCCUGAACACCCCUGAGCGUGCCACAGAGGACCUGGAUGCCCCCAAGGCUGACACGGAGCCCUUGGACACCCCUCAGCCUGCCACAGAGAGCCCGGAUACCCCAAAGCCUGCCAGGGAGGGCCCGGACUCCCCUGAGCCUGACACGGAAGGCAUGGACACCCUUGAGCCUACCAUGGAGGGCCCAGACAUCCCCGAGCCUCACACGAAGGCCCUGGACCACCCCCAGCCUGCCACAGAGGGCCCAGACACCCCUGAGACUGACACAGAGGCCCUGCCUGAGCCUGCCAAAGAGGGCCUGAACACCCCCAAGGCUGACACGGAGCCCUUGGACACCCCUCAGCCUGCCUCAGAGAGCCCGGAGACCCCCAAGCCUGCCAUGGAGGGCCUGGACUCCCCCGAGCCUGACACGGAGGAGCUGGACACCCCCGAGCCUGCCACGGAGGCCCUGGACACCCCCGAGCCUGCCACGGAGGCCCGGGACACCCCCGAGCCUUCCACAGAGGGCCCGGAGACCCCCGAGCCAGCCACGGAGAGCCCAGACACCCCCGAGCCUGACACGGAGGCCCUAGACACCCGCAAGGCUGACACGGAGGGCCCGGACACCCCUCAGCCUGCCAUGGAGGCUCUGGACACCCUCGAGCCUGCCACAGAGGGCCCUGACACACUCGAGCCUGCCACAGAGGGCCCUGAGACCCUUGAGCCUUCCACGGAGGGCCUGGACUCCUCCAAGCCUGACACAGAGGCACUAGACACCCCCGAGCCUGCCACAGAGGACCUGGACACCCCUGAGCCUGCCACGAAGGGCCCAAACACCCCUGAGCCUGCCAUAGAGGGUCCGGACUCCUCCAAGCCUGACACAGAGGCACUAGACACCCCCGAGCCUGCCAUGGAGGGCCCGGACACCCCUGAGCCUGCCAUAGAGGGUCCGGACUCCCCCAAGCCUGACACAGAGGCACUGGACACCCCCAAGCCUGCCACAGAGGACCCGGACACCCCCGAGCCUGCCACAGAGGGCCCGGACACCCCUGAGCCUGCCACAGAGGGCCCGGACACCCCUGAGCCUGCCAUAGAGGGUCCAGACUCCCCCGAGCCUGACACGGAGGCCCUAGACACCCGCAAGGCUGACACGAAGGGCCCGGACAUCCCCCAGCCUGCCACAGAGGCCCUGAACACCCGCAAGCCUGCCAUGGAGGGCCCUGACACCCCCGAGCCUUCCACGGAGGGCCCGGACACCCCUGAGCCUGCCACGGAGGGCCUGGACUCCCCUGAGCCUGACACAGAGCCUUCCACGGAGGGCCCGGACACCCCUGAGCCUGCCACGGAGGGCCUGGACUCCCCUGAGCCUGACACAGAGGCACUAGACACCCCUGAGCCUGCCACAGAGAGCCCCGACACCCCCGAGCCUGCCAUAGAGGGCCCAGACUCCCCCAAGCCUGACACAGAGGUCCUGGACACCCCCAAGCCUGCCAUAGAGGGCCCAGACUCCCCCAAGUCUGACACAGAGGCCCUGGACACCCUCAAGCCUGCCAUAGAGGGCCUGGACACCCCCACGCCUGACACGGAGGCACUGGCCACCCCUGAGCCUGACAUGGAGGCCCUGGACACCCAGGAGCUUGCCACGGAGGGCCCAGACAUCCCCGAGCCUGACACAGAGGCGCUGGAUACCCCUGAGCAUGACACGGAUACCCUGGGCCCCCCCGAGCCUGCCACAGAGGGCCCGGACACCCUCGAGCCUGACACAGAGGCCCUGGCUCCCCCCGAGCCUGCCUCCAGUGAGAAGGAAAUAGCUGAGGGCCUGGUGGUGCCUGAGUGGGGAGCCUGUCCUGAUGCCGGCGUGCAUGCUGGUGGUGGAGCUGAGCCCUAUUUGCUGCCAAAGAAGGCCCAGGGGGCCGAGAACCAGGAGGGUGGAAGCCUUGAGCUAACGCCCCGGGGUGCCGGGAAGGCUCCCAGGAGCAGCAGCCCAGAGGCGUGUCCUGCUGCCUGCCCCGAGGUCAGCCAGGCACGGUCCCCAAGCCCAGUGGAGGAGGGAAGGGCCACCCCAGGGCCCCAACUUCCAGGGGCUGUGGCCUCAGAGGCCAGGCUGGCCUCCUGCACAGAGUCUCCACUGAGGGCUGUGCCCAAGCUGGGUGGGGGCUGCCCCAAAGAGCCUGCCCCCACAUCCCCACCGCCCUCUUGGCAGCUGGAGACUGUGCUGAGCCUGGACAGUGGUGAGCAGGCCCUGGCAACACCCGGAAUCCCUGGCCCCUCCACACCACAACCCCCAGAAAGCCGUUCCAGAGGCCUGCCCAGGGCACCCCAGGAUAGUAUCCUGAGCCCUGAGCCCUCUGCUGCUGGUGUCCUCAUGGAGGCAGCCCUGCCUCCUAUGGCGCCCCCUGGCUCCUGCCCUUGCCAGGGCCCCCAGGAAGACUCACUGGAGGGCGAGGAGCCCCCGGGCUCUCCAGGCCUCCCAUCGCCCCAGGCAGGAGCCCAGCGGGCGGUGGCUGCCUUCUCAGGAACCACGAAUCCCCCUGGGGCUGGUCAGCGGGUCACCCUCCCACCCCACUCCCCCGUCCUCAGUCCCAAGGCAGCCCCCAAGGGGGGCACCCAUGCCAAAGACCCAGCCUCACAGAUCUCACCCCCCUGCCAAGUGCCUCCUGGCUCUGGGCCCUGGAGCCCAGCCGGCCCUGGAGGGCUCCCAGCCUCCGAGCAGCAGGAUGACCAGGACAGCCUGGAGGAAGACUCCCCACGGGCACCGGGCUCCGGCCAACAUUCAGACAGCCACGGGGAGUCAUCAGCAGAGCUGGAGGAGCAGAACUUCUCAGGACCACAGAGCGCACAGUGCCCGGCCCAGGCUGCGGCAGGCAGUGGCAGCGAGGAGACCGUCGCCAAAGCCAAGCAGAGUCGCAGUGAGAAGAAGGCCCGAAAGGCAAUGUCCAAGCUGGGCUUGAGGCAGAUCCAGGGGGUCACCAGGAUCACCAUCCAGAAGUCCAAGAACAUCCUUUUUGUCAUCGCCAAGCCUGACGUCUUCAAGAGCCCGGCCUCAGACACCUACGUGGUCUUUGGAGAAGCCAAGAUCGAGGACCUGUCCCAGCAAGUGCACAGAGCCGCCGCUGAAAAGUUCAAGGUGCCCGCAGAGCCCUCUGCCCUGGUCCCUGAGUCUGCGCCUGGGCCGCAUGUGAGGCCAUGCGAGGAGGAAGAGCGGGACGAGGAGGAGGAGGAGGUGGACGAGGCGGGGCUGGAGCUGCGGGACAUUGAGCUGGUGAUGGCCCAGGCCAACGUGUCGAGGGCCAAGGCUGUGCGGGCCCUGAGGGACAACCAGAGCGAUAUUGUUAACGCCAUCAUGGAGCUGACAAUGUAGCAGCUGACCAGUGAGCCAGCUCCAUCUCUGCUCCCCAGCUCUGCUGCUCAAUAAAUGGGUGUCCCCUCA